CUGAAAUUGAACCCAGAUAAUCUGAAGUUAGUCAUCCGACAAUAAACUGAGAUAUACUUGAGCAAGAUGAGUGGGAUCUUUGACUGUAGAGCUAUUACUAUUAUUAUAAAUAUCUAAAUACUUGUGUUUUAACUCCAGAUUGUGUUUUAUAACGACCGAGUUUUAUGUAUCCUGUAAAGUAUUUUUCUGAACUUCGGGUUACAUCAAAGUUCAGAUCGACAUCUCAACUCAUUUCCCCUUCUGCUUCAGUUCCUGCAUUAGAUAACUGGUGACGCCCUCUAGUCAUGUCUCAAUUAACCGCAUCGUGACGUAUUGUAAUCACUAUAGUUUGUAGAAUUGUUUCAUUUGACCAUUUCUGUAAAACUAACUUUAAUUUGUUGUCAUAAGUCAUUAAAUAUAGCACAAUUGUUUGAAAUUGCCGCAUCCGCUUGGCAGCUCUCGCGACGGUCCGUGGUUCUGGUUGAAGCUCUUGUUCCUCAUGUCGUUUGUCCCUGAGCUUUUGUCUCGGGGAGUCUGAGCAGCAACAGGGUCACUGUGUUGUAGACGAGAGAGAAAUAAACGACCUCUCCAUGGGCGACCUCGUGAGUAUGGUCGAGGUCUUUUUAAAAUGUAUUUCACCCGCUGUCUUGUCUUGCGCUCCAGAAAUAUAUCAAAAGCCCAGAAGCUAUUUUUUUAUUUCUCGUGCAUCCUCGGUUCAGUUUCUUUCCCCUUGUGUUGCAUCUUUUUUAAUAUAUUUUUAUGACCCUCAAAGAAGCAUUCCAAAGCUCCGCCUGCUUGUUGUUUCCCAUUCGGUGUGUGGCGUGUGGUCGUCGUGGCCCCGUUUUGACCCCGUCGUGGCUCCGUUGUGGCCCCGUGACUCUCCUGUGUGACUCUAACCUGAAGCUUGUGCUUCCACAGGUGAGGCUUCAAGUUCAGAAUGUGGACCGACCUCUGUACCGCGGGACGUAUCACUGCUUCCAGUCCAUCAUACGGCAGGAGUCGAUGCUCGGUCUCUACAAAGGCCUCGGCUCUCCGAUGAUGGGCCUGACCUUCAUCAACGCCAUCGUCUUUGGCGUCCAGCGCAACGCCAUGCGCAAGCUCGGCCGCGACACGCCUCUCAACCAGUUCCUGGCCGGCGCGUCCGCCGGGACCAUCCAGUGUGUCAUCUGCUGCCCGAUGGAGCUGGCCAAGACGCGCAUGCAGCUGCAAGGGACCGGAGAGAAGAAGUCCAAGAGGAAGCUGUACAAGAACUCCCUGGACUGCCUGGUGAGGAUCUACAACAAGGAGGGCAUCCGAGGCAUCAACCGCGGCAUGGUGACCACGCUGCUGCGCGAGGCCCCGGGCUUCGGCGUGUACUUUCUGGCCUACGACACGUGGACGCGCUACCUGGGCUGCGAGCCGGACGACCCGUACAUGAUCCCCAAGCUGCUGUUCGCCGGCGGCAUGUCCGGCAUCGCCUCCUGGAUCUCCACCUACCCCGUGGACGUGAUCAAGUCGCGUCUGCAGGCGGACGGGGUGGGCGGCGUCCACCAGUACAGCGGCAUCAUGGACUGCGUCCGGCAGAGCUGGAGGAAGGAGGGGUGGCGGGCCUUCACCCGGGGGCUCACGUCCACGCUGCUGCGCGCCUUCCCGGUCAACGCCACCACCUUCGCCACCGUGACUCUGUUCCUCCUGUACAUGCGCGAGGGAGACGAGUGCAGCGGCCAGGACGCCGAGCCGCAGCCGACCGGCAUGUGAGCCGCUGCGGAGGGAACGGCGGCGGUCCUCGGGGAUCGGAAGAGCGUUUAUCGGGAUGGAAGUCGCGGCUGAAUACAGGUGAUCCGCUCACGAGAGUCCAUGAUGAGAGAGCGGGGCUGAGCCGAGGGACGCCCAUGGAGCGUCAGCCACGUGGCCGUGUGGAUUAUUUAAACAAUAUAGAUUUUAAGAUAACGGUUGCGCUUGCAAAUAUGGUUAACAGUCCAUGUGUUUGAACACUUUGUCUUUAAUGCUGUGUUCAGGUCAGAGGUCAGAGUGUGUUCCCCGCUGUGAGACAUUCACUGACAGUUCCUGGUCUACUAAGUUCAGCAUGCUUGUGAACAUAAAUGUGUUUUUACUGAAACAUUUCACAAAUUUCAAUCGGUUAAAAUGAAUGUGAUUUAAGAUUCAAUUUAAAGAUUUAAAGCUGUUGCGUAAUACAUCGUGACCUCCAUGGUUUCCAGGUCAAGUCGCCCCCUAACUCUUCACUUCCAUAUUGUGUGAACAUGGCAUCUUUUUUAGCAUGGCUACAAAGACAAAGACAGCGUUUUACCAACAUUUAAUAUGAUUGUGUAUGUAGUUCAAUUUUCCUAAUGAGGUCAUAGAAAUUUGAGCCACGGUCUGGAUGCUUUUUAAUUUUCUUUUUAAUUGGAGGAAAUAUCUGCUCUGUUUUAGCCAUUGAAUUAUGUUAAAGAUGGUUCAGAUACAUAACGGGGUUCCUCCGGUCAUGGAAUUUUAAAAUGUUCAUUUCCAGGCCUGGAAAAGUCAUGGAAAAAAACUUAAAUCACAAAAGUUUUGGAAAAGUCAUGGAAAUGUUAUAUUCACAUGUUCAUUUACGCUGAGUUUGAAAUAAUUAAUAUGUUUUAGAAAGGAAGACGCUCAAAAUAUAAGCCGGCGUACGCUCUCAUACUGUCGGCGCAAUUAUUAUUUUUUCUCGUUGCAAGUGAACGCACCUUAACUGAAAAGUUCGCUGGUCAUAGCAACAAAAGCUCAGGAAGCGGUCGGGAUGAAACAUUUGUUUCAUUUAUGGUGUAUUGUAUGAUUUGUAAUUCUCAUUGUUUGAAUACAUUUUUCAAAAUGUUCAUGUAUACACCGAGUUCAGUUUGGUCCUGGAAAUGUAGUUUAAAGUCCUGGAAAUCCAACAUGUCAGAACCCUGCAUAAGCAUGUGAUCAGAUCUGUAAUUAUGACCCAAUCACUGUCCAAAGCCUCUGCUGAUGUUGUUGUUGUUGACGACAUCGUACCGUGUCCAGAGAAAGCACCUUAUGGUAUGACGAGUACACGUACUGGUAGAAACCAUCAGAGUUUUACCGUUGCAAUCGAUUUUAACCGUUCUAUUUAAAAGUCGUGCAAUGCUCUGGUGCGGUGUCGAGGAAUGAUGGUUAAAAGUCGGCUUUUUAAAUCGUGUGCUUCCUGUUUGCGUGUCGGGCUCCGUCUGUUCCCGACACGCUGGCCUGCGCCACCGAGAGGCAGAAGAAGGAAUAGGUCUGGCAAUUUAAAAACAAUUCAGCUGCAGAUUUAGCAUUUUGUAGCUGCUGGUGACGAGUUAAGAAUCCAUCACUUGUCAAGCUUUACUUUUCUGCAAAGACAUAUUAGUAAUGUUGGCGUUUAAAGUUUAAAUAUGAAUCUCCAAUUUAUUUUACAAACUGUUCUCUUUGUCUACUUCUUGACUGGGUAAUCUUUUGACUAACCAAAUAAAGAUAGGACACCUGCUUUCCUCGCUCACCGGGUUAGUCAUAACUCGAGAGACCCCGCCGUGACCUGGAGGCGCCUGACCUCGAGGUCACUCAGCUGCCCGAGUUCACAGACGUUUUACAUUUUCCAGGUUUGAAAAGUAAACCAACCCAACUGCGUUCAUGCAGCAAAAUAAUGCCUUAGUAUCAAAGUUGCUGGAGCUAUUUUCCUUCCACACAUUUUCACGUCUGUUUUUUUCUUUUUAAAGAGUGGCUGCGACUGGUCUGAAGCGGCUUCGCCCAACGACGUCGUACAUACUGUGAAUUUGGGUUUUGUUUUCAUAUCAUCCUUCAAAGUUUAAAAGGGAAUUCUCAAUAGGAUUUAGAUUUUCUUUAGUUGCAAUCUGUGUCUUUGUUUCAUGGUUUUAGUUCUCUUGUGUGGCUGUACUGGUGGGUUAUGCAUGAUUGUUGACAUCUUUGUAAAAGGGCUGAUUUAACUGUAAUGUGCCUUCUGUGCGGUGCCUGUUCAUAUGCAGUGUGCACAUACACUCUGUAGUCCUCUGAGAAUGGUGAAAUAAAAAUCAAUGUAUUCUGGAGUAAACUU